AUUAGCAGGGAAAAACGACGGCAAGAAGGACGGUGAAAACGAUCCGUGGAGUGAGAGGAAUGGGGAGAGUCACGAAGCGAUUAACGAGGGGAGCAAGGAGGAGAGGAACAAGAGGCGAGUGAGGAGGUGUGCUCGAACCAACAGCGACGGAGGUGUAGGCUCCCUCCUGUCAGCAGCAGCGGCGGCGGUGGCAGCGCCGGUGUCCCCCGGAGAGUCGAUCCGAGCGGCCGUGGCCGUCUAUUCUGCCUCAAGGGAAUUCUGGCGUCCCCCCUCCACCCCCAAGCCUGUCAUGGAGUCUCAACUGAAGCAGGCCAAGAAGUGCCUGCCGAUGUACUCCCCCCCUGUGCCGCCCAUCGGCCUGGAGAAGCUCAUGGAAGGCGGGACUGGGGCAGGUGGGACUGGUGGGUUUGCUGGGUUUGGUUCAGGAGGUGGGUGGGGGGUGGGUGCAGGCUGGUAG